AUGUUCACGGGAGAUGAGGGGCAGAGGAAAGGUCAUGGUCGUGGGCAACGCAACCAGCGGAAGAAUCAGACACCACAUGCGCAGUCCGGACCGGCCGCUGGAUGGGCUCCGCCACCUCAUCAGGCACUUCCGCCAGAUCUCGGAGCGUUCGGGGGGUAUCCCAACCCCUACGCGGGAAUGCCGCUUCCCUACACGCCUGGUCCCCCGCCCCCGGCUGGCUACAAUGCAUACAUUCCGUACCCACCCCAGCCCUAUACCAUGAUGCCGCCUCCCAACAUGUACCCAGGGAUGCCUGCCAUGCCGAUGUUUCCUGGAAUGCCACCUGCAGACUCCUGCAUCAUCAAAGAAUGUCGGGACCCUUCGGACGGUUCAGAUGCUCAGACCUCCAUUCACCUCCGAGAGCGCGGCAUAGCGCGGCUCGAGGCGAAGUCUCGCAACAAGCCCCAGGAGGCUGCCGGAGGAGGAGAAGCGAGGGCCCGCUUGCGCCGCUUGAGCCUUGAACCGCUCAACGUGCUCAACGCACCGCCGCCCCGCGUUGUUCUCCAGGAGGAAAGAACCAGCGGGAGACGAAAGGCAAGAGGCGGACUAAGGUGGAAGGAAGCGCUCCACUUGUACAGCUCCCAUGAGCGAAUAGCGAACCAGGGUACUGAUGAGCCAAGUGCUGCAAUCGAAGACGACGCGAAUCUCAGCCUCCUGCUGAACCAGGUUCGGCGAAGGCAGCGUGACGUCUCCCUCGAAGAGGUGUUGAGCGAGAAAUUGGUCGUCGAGUUCGCGAAGGAUCAGCACGGCAGUCGGUUCCUCCAGACAAAGUUGGAUGAGGCACCCGACGAUGUCAAGCGGAUGGUCUACGCGGCGAUCCAGGAAGACGCUGCAGAGCUGUCGAAGGAAGUUUUCGCUAAUCAUGUGGCAGGGAUCCUCAGUGAGUUCGUUAGGCAGAAGAAGGCUGGAGCUUGCAGAACGCCUCUGAGAGCCGACCCGGUUUUGACGAUUCCGAGUGUUGCCUUGGUGCGAGCGCUGGCGGAUAAUGUCGCCACGCUGUCACAAGACCAGUAUGGCUGCCGUGUCAUCCAGAAGGCGAUCCAAGCAGUCUCCAAAGAGUCCCAGCAGCAGAUUGCGCGGGAGUUGGAGGAUCACGUGGAGUCCUGCAUCAGGUACGGUUGUCGUGUGAUUCAGCGUCUUCUCGAACACUGCGUAUCAGCACAGCUGGAGCCAAUGUUGGAGAAAAUCCUCGUGAAUGUGGCUGUGCUGGCAAAGGUUGUGCAGCACAUGCUGGAGCACGGCCGCAAGGAAGACAAGAAACGAAUUAUUGAGACGAUCCGGGCAAACAUUGCCGAUUUCUCGAAGGAAAAGUUCUCCAGCAAUGUGGUCGAGAAGUGCUUCGAGGCGGCGACUGUGGGUGAGAAUGCGGACGACCCACUGAUCCAGCAGGAGCGCAACUUGCUGAUGCGAAUGGUGCUGGAGAGGCCAGAGGUCAUCUACGCCAUGUGCACCAACACCUACGGCAACUACGUUGCCUUCCCGUGGAGCUUGCAGCCUGCAGCCAUGGCUUUCAAGGUGCGGCUCCUCUUGGGCGCUCGGCGGCUGGUGCUGCAACCGCCGCGGUUUUCCAAGGGCGCAUCCACGGUAGCGAGCGCACCGAAGGCACCCAGCUCGGGCUCGGGUAUGGCUGCGUACAUCCUGCGGACGGGUCUGCGAGGCAUGCGAGGCGCGUGCACCGUCACCGGUGGCGUCGGCUUGACAGUCUUCGGGCUCGUCAUCUGCCCCUACGUCAGUUCACGGUCACCCAUUGGACAGGAAGAGCGAGCUUCACUGGAGCAGGACUUGCUCGGGAUUGUGGCCUUCGACUCGUCUCGCGAGCUGCUGACCGCUUCAGAGCUCUUUGCAGCUGUGCGCGAGAUGCGAAUGCCUCCGGUGUCCUUCCACGACUUGCAGCGACCCUCGUUCUUCCUCCUUUUCGAAUGGGUUGGACGCUUCACGUUUGCAUGCUAUUCCGAUGCCUCUGGUGUAAUGACGCUUGACGAGUUCAAGUGCGCCGUCCACAAGAUGAUCGAUCUGGUUUUGGAGGCACACAGCCUGUCGCGAGGAAAGGCUGCUGCUCCUGCUGAAGCACGCGCCCAAGCAGUGCGCGAGCUCACCAAGCACGUGGUCCCAGCCGUCUUCCGAGUUCUGGACUUUGAUCAGAACGGAAGCAUUGGUGCCUUCGAGUUUAUCCGCGGAGCGCUGCUCUUGCUGGCAACCGUGCAAGGUGCUCCGUUAGAUACGCCGCAGUUGGCAGACUUGGCCUUCCGAGUUGUUGACGCAGAUGGGGAUGGUUUGGUUACCAGCGCUGAGCUGCUUCGAUGGGUCACGCUGGCCCUGGAGCAUGGGGUGACUUCUGCAGACGUGCUUCGUGAGCCUCGGGGGCCUUUCGGGUGGUUUGGAACCCGCAUACUGACGCCAGCACAACUUGCAAAAAGAUGGCUCGCGGAGGCUGACUUCGAUCGUGAUGGAAAGCUCCUUCCGCAGGAGUUCGCAGUCCUUGCUCCGCGACUUCGCAUCCAUCAGACGAUUGGCCGGAUGGUCCAGAAGAUGCUGGAAAACACUCGUGGGGAAGAGUGGCCUGCCCUCUGGGGGGUGCAGCCGGUGGCAGAGAGGCUUGGCAAGUCCCCGAUGCGUGACUUUUGUGCGGAGGACGAGAAUGUGGGCAGAAAAUUCCACGCAGCAUUUGCCUCCAAACAGAGACAGGGGCGCAGCAGUGACGUCAGACGUGGCACGGUUGUCAAAUCUCUGGAUCAGCAACAAAAGGCGCGGAUGACCCAAGCCCUGACCCUGGCCUUCGAGUCCCUUCGAGCAGUUGAUCCCCAGGUGUUCGCACUGGGUUUGCCUGCUGGUGUACAGACCUUACAGAGAGAGGCAGGUGGGCAUUUCGGCAAAGGGGCAGCUAUCAGAGAUUUUGUGCUGCUCGGCGAAGUCAUGUAUGCAGGCCAGAUGCCUCUCCGGAAUGGAGCCCAGCGGACCAGUGCCAUUCACGUCUCCAUCUCUCAGCAUGUCAAUCGACAAAGCCUGCGAGCCUCCCCGCAGAAGGAGCACUUGGGAUCAACCACAUAA